AUGGCUGCUAUCACACGAGCCGUAGGCCAAUCAGGCCAUCGGUAUCUCGUUAAAAUACUUCUACAAGAGAAGCCAGGAGCGCUUGGACGAGUGUAUCUUGUUUCUGACCUCAAAACCUCGGCUUACAUCCGCGUAGCAGACGAUGCGAUUCUAGAUCACUCCGUGUUCGCCUACAGCUUUCGCUUAUGGAAACGAGUGUUGAGAGACUCCCUGUGGGGCAUUGCGGCGUUACACGAGAAAGGCAUUGUAUGCAUACGGACAUUAAGCCCAAUAACGUUGUGGUGGAUUUGGGAGGAGACUGGCGGCAAUAUGGCGAUUCCGCGGGUCCGGAUUGCCGAUAUCGAAAGCGCUGUGCAUCUUGCGCCUAACUGCGUUAUGAUGGGAGCGCAGGUUGGGAAUUCGAUGUGGUGGAGUCACGAGGCGCAUGCUUCAGAACUCAAGGAAGGCGAGGGUAAGCUAGCUGUCGUUCUCGAACGCCAGUUAUCUUACUGCUCUGACCUAUGA